AUGCAAGAAAGAAAUGUAAAAAUAGGUAUUUUGAGACAAUACAGGGAAAUUAUUAAUGCUGAGUUCGAUCUUGCACCUUUCAAACCAAAAAAGGACCAAUGCAUCCUCUGUACAGCCUAUCCACUAGCAAGUACAGAAGAUAAAAUUAAACUAAAAGAUAGGUUUGAUAAACACAUUUUUAAUAAAAUUGCUGCCAGAGUUUUAAAGGAUGCAGAUAAGGAAGCGGCGAUCGACGAUAAAUCAGUUUGUGCCGCUUGUUUCAAUUUACUGAAAGUCCUCGUAACACCCCAAUCUUCUGUCAGCAGCUUUUAUUACAAGAGUUAA